CUCGUCCCUCGGCCCCGACAGAACAUCGCGGCUCAAACCUGUCAGCUGAGGGGGCGCGCAGCGAGUCACCGGCCCUGGCGGGGAGGCGGAGGCAAAGGUGAGGUGAUAGGCGUUGGCAGUUCCUGCCUCAGGAGCCGGAGCCAAGGCUUGUGUGGGAGCGAGUGCGGUGAGAUCAGAGGUUUGUCCGGGGAGGUGGUGGUGGGAGUCCGGGGCGGCCUCUGUUCCUGUGUUUGUCGCCGCUCACACACAUAAAAUGGCGGAGUCGGGUGGAAAGCUGCGGCGGCAGCUGGAAGCCAUCAACUUCGAGCCGACCCUGUACGUGAAGCAGCUGUCUCAGCAGUCGGAUGGGGACCGAGACCUGCAGGAGCACAGGCACAAAAUCCAGAGCCUGGCCGACGAGACUGCCCAGAACCUGAAGAAGAACGUCUACAAAAACUACCGGCAAUUCAUCGAGACGGCCAAAGAGAUCUCGUACCUGGAGAGUGAGAUGUACCAACUGAGCCACAUCCUGACAGAGCAGAAGACCAUCAUGGACAGCAUCACCCAGAGUCUGCUCUCGGCAGACAAGGACCAGGCCGCCAAAGAGAUGCAAGCCGCCUUCCCCAAAGAUACGGAGGAGAUCAAGCACCGCACCCUGACCACACUCUUGGAGAAGGUGGAGGGCUGCAAGAACAUUCUGGAGACCCCCGGCCGCUUCCUCGUCUACAACGGGGACCUGGUUGAGUACGACAUCGACACCAUGGCCCAGAUCCAGCGGGUCCACGCUUUCCUCAUGAAUGACUGCCUCUUGGUGGCCACCUGGCUACCCAACCGUAGAGGGGCCGUCCGCUACCGUUACAAUGCGCUCUACCAGCUGGACAGCUUUGCCACGGUCAAUGUCAAGGACAACGGGCCAAUGAAGGACAUGUUCAAGAUCCUCAUGUUCCCCGACACCCGCAUCUUCCAGGCCGAGAAUGCCAAGAUCAAGAAGGAGUGGCUGGAGAUCCUGGAUGAGACCAAGAAGAACAAGGUGCUGAAUGAACGCCUCAAGAAGGAAGAGGAGCGGCCGCUUUCGCCCAAGACGCCUGAGGCCGCCAUCAACCCAUUCGAGGAGGAUUUGCCAGCCUCUGGCGAGGAGUUUGUGGAUUUGAGCCUCGAGUGGAUUCAGGAGUUGCCCGAGGACCUUGAUGUGUGCAUUGCCCAGAGAGACUUUGAGGGGGCUGUGGACCUUUUGGACAAACUCAAUGAAUAUCUGAGCAACCAAGCACUCACCCAGCCUGUGAAGGAGCUCCGCAACAAAGUGGAGGAACGGGUCCGCCAGCUGACCGAUGUGCUGGUCUUUGAGUUGUCCCCCGACCGCUCACUGAGAGGUGGUCCUAGGGCUACCCGCAGGGCAGUGUCGCAGCUGAUUCGCCUGGGUCAGUCUACCAAAGCUUGUGAGCUCUUCCUUAAGAACAGGGCGGCCGCCGUGCAGACUGCCAUCAGGCAGCUUCGAAUUGAGGGUGCCACCCUGCUCUACAUCCAUAAACUCUGCAACAUUUUUUUCACCAGCCUCCUGGAUACAGCCAAAGAGUUUGAGAUGGACUUUGCAGGAAACACUGGUUGUUAUUCAGCCUUCAUUGUGUGGUCUCGUGUUGCCAUGAAGAUGUUUGUAGAUGCCUUCAGCAAGCAGGUGUUUGACAGUAAAGAAAGUCUGUCCACAACAGCUGAGUGUGUGGAAGUUGCAAAAGAGCAUUGCAGUAAAUUGAGCGAGAUUGGCCUGGACCUUACCUUUACUCUGCAGGCUCUUCUAAUUAAGGACAUCAAAGCUGCUCUCCAGAGCUAUAAAGGCAUCAUCAUGGAAGCCACCAAACAUCGCAACUCUGAAGAAAUGUGGAGGAAGAUGAACUUAAUGACACCAGAAGCUUUGGUGAAAUUAAAGGAAGAGAUGAAAAAUAGUGGUAUCACCAACUUUGAUCAAUAUACGGGCGAUGAUUGCUGGGUGAACCUCAGCUACACUAUUGUGGCCUUCACAAAGCAGUUGAUGGCUUUCCUGGAAGAAGGAUUAAAACUGUAUUUUCCAGAACUGCACAUGGUUCUUCUGGAAAGUCUUACAGAAAUAAUUUUAGUGGCUGUGCAGCAUGUUGACUAUAGUUUACGGUGUGAACAGGAACCAGAAAAGAAAAAUUUCAUCCGUGAAAAUGUUUCCUUCUUGUAUGAGACAGUCCUUCCCGUAGUGGAGAAAAGGUUUGAGGAAGGAGUUGGAAGGCCAGCCAAACAACUUCAAGAUCUCCGGAAUGGAUCUCGAAUCAUUCGUAUAAACCCAGAAAGUACAAAUUCUUUUGUGUAAUAGUUUGAACAGUUUCUAAACUGUGCACAAAUUAAUACAGAAUGCACUGUACUGCUUAAUGCACAUAUGACAAUGAAUGACUUCUUUAACAUUGCUAGCACAUAAGCAAUAGUUGACAAAGUACAGAUGUCCAAAUGAAUUUCAUGCAUUAUGUUAUACACAACAUUAAAAUAUGUCCUCUCAAAAGAGAUUUAGUACCCAUUACUUUCAGUAGUACUUGUCCUAUUUAUAAUUGCUCAGAGUGGAUGCUUUAAUAAAUCUAUAAUUCACUAGUAAGUAUCAUUUGCCUAAUUCUGAAAUUAAGUUUAAUCACAAAUGAAAGGUGGGGGAGAAGGUGUUUCCAAUGUACAAACCUAACAAUAUUAAUAUUGCAUUUGGUCAGCAAAAAAACCUUGUAAGACCGAACUGCAGAAAUAAAUUGGUUGGCUGAACCAGAUACAUUUAGUGAUAUUGUUGGAAUAUUAUCAUUUCAUGUUUUUAGGAGGCUUGAACAUUAGUCUUCAGAAAAUGAUUAACCUUUGGUAACAACUAAUUCUACAGCUCAUCAAAGCAGCGGUGCUCGUUGUGCUGGCUUCUUUCUAAACAUUUAUACUAAAAUUCACUAAGUUAUUUCCUGUAUUAGCAUGGUCCACAUGACAAUUAUAGACUUGCAAACUUGCUUCAUACUUCUAACUGAACUAUCGUACAUAUUUUUGCACAUAUUGGCAUCUCUUGGGCAAUUGAGCAUUUAGUACAAGCUAUUAAUAUGGAUUCAGCACAACACAAUUAUUGGUAUAUUUGCUCUGUUUUCAGAUUCAUUUGAACUGUUUCCACAAAUAAAUGAACACUAGUAUGACACUACAAACAAAUCCUUACCUUGGGGUGUAAGCUCCAUUUUAUGCUGCUUUAAAUUGAGGAAUAGCCAUGUAAAAGUUAUUAAAAGUUAAUAUUAUUCCCCUAUCGCUGUUCUGUGGAUAAGUACCUGCAAUUAAUGAUGUGUAUACAUUACCACUUUUUUUUAUAAAUAUUGUUAAAUAUUUUGGAGCGAGUGUCAAAACUAGAAGUUUCAUCUAUGUUAAUUUUCCUUUCUAACAAAAUCGCCUCUUCUCCCAAGUGAGCAGAAUUGCACAGAUGGUGGUUGAGCAGUUCACACAGCUUCAAUUGUGUAUAAAAUGGGAUCCAUUUUAAAAAAAGGGGGUUUAAACUGGUAAUAAUAGAAUACCUUAUGUCCUUUUUAAACUGUGUAUGUGGCCUUAGUGUUGAUGGUUUCAGAAAUAUUAUCGACCAUAAAUAGAUAUUUGCAGUCGUAUAUAUUGCAUGUUUGUAUCCUGUGAUUGCUUUAUAGACCUUUUCUUCUUCCUCUUCCCCCAUGCUAAUAUUAUUUGCUAAUAUACCGCAUGAUGGCAUGAAAAUUGUCACACUGUACUUCAUUUAAUAUUCUUCUGCAAUGUUAAGACCAUUAUUUAUGUGAAUAAUGUUCAAUUAUUUCAAUCUUUAAAAUUGUAAAAUGAGUUAACGCUGUUUAAACCUGAAUAAACAAUAGGACUCGGUUUCUGGAAAAGCA